GAGAGUUAAAACUGCUUCAAGAAGAUGUAAAGAGACGAAAGAAGCGUGUGCAACUAUUAAACAUGUAGUUUCCGGUUUGAGAGAACCAGCUUUAAACUUGAUCUGACUCUGAGUGAAUCUGUUGAUUAAAUUUGUCCGUGGAGACUAGAAGGGGAAUCCGCCAAGUCACGGUGACGGGGUUUGAUGUUGACCUGACUGAUCAGCCGGAGGGAGGUUAAUCAAUCUUCACUGAAAUCACAAGACUCGUCCCCGACCGAACCUCUGCGCUGCGCAGGGAGCGGACGGCCGCGUCAGCCCGUCGACCCCCGAGCUGUCGACGUGUCCGGAGAGCAGGACGAAGAGCUGGGCUAAGGUUUCCGACGUGCGGGCUCUCCCGUGUUCAUCGAGGGCUAAAACCGGGACGUUUUUAAUGGUGUGAACUAACCGUAUUCUCCCGGGUUGUGGCGUCUCCGUCUCAUCCCUGUAACCGUGAACCGUGCUGACGUUCGACCAGGAAGUAAACACAAGGAGAAACUAGCCUCAGUCCCCGGCUGGUAGCUGCCCCGAAAUGUCGAUGUCAAACCCGAGACUGACGUUUUUAAACCCGAUGUCUCCAGUUGUUUGGGUCCCGCUCACCUGACAGCUGGCGUUCGUGUCUCCACAGGCGAUUCCCUUCGCUGGGACGAUCCUGGGCGGCUUGCUGCCCGGGGAGAUGGUUGUGAUUCAGGGCUCAGUGCCGUCAAACGCUGACAGGUUCCAGGUGGAUUUCACCUGCGGCAGCAGCAUGAAGCCGAGGGCCGACGUGGCCUUUCACUUCAACCCGAGGUUUCAGAGGUCGCCGUGUAUCGUCUGCAACACGCUGCAGAAGGAGCACUGGGGCCGAGAGGAGAUCCUGCACCAGAUGCCCUUCGCCGCCGGGGGGGCGUUCGAACUCGUCGUCCUCGUCCUCAAAGACAAGUUCAAGGUGGCUGUGAACGGAGGUCACGUGUUGGACUUUAAACACCGACUGGAGCUGCAGCGAGUCGACACGCUCUACAUCUCUGGGAAGAUCAGAGUCGAGGCCGUGGGCGUCCUCCCCCCGAGCUCCAGUUCAGUUUCUCCCGCGGCCAGUCUGACCAACCAGGACUCAGAGAUGAACCAGAUAAUCUCGUCGGGCGACUUGAGUGUUCCCUUCAGAGGGGAGCUGGGGAAGGGGCUGAGCGUCGGACGAAGCAUCACCGUCAAAGCAGAGACCGGUCGCAACGCACAGAGUUUCUGUGUGAACCUGCGGGAGUCUGGCAGCGGCAACAUCGCUCUGCACCUGAACCCUCGUCUGAAGCCCCGGGCCUUCGUCAGGAACUCCUUCCUGUCGGAGUGCUGGGGCCCCGAGGAAACGAAGCUGGACUCCUUCCCCUUCGCUGCGGGACAGUACUUUGAGAUGAUCAUCCUGUGCGACUCUCAGCAGUUCAGAGUCGCCGUUAACGGGCAACACCAGCUGGACUACCAACACCGAGUCAAGGACCUGAGCCGGAUCGAUGGGCUGGAGGUGCUGGGAGAUGUCACGCUGCUGGACAUCAAGAUCCUCUGAACCCCCCGUUCUACUAUCAGGAAGUGCCUCACAUCCUUUAUCACAAACCAGAGCAGAGUGUCUGGUGUCGACCAACCUGGUGGUUUUCCAGGCUUCUAGCGUGUUAGAAAACAUAUUAAUGACUCAGAACCAAGGUCCAGAACCCUGCCAGACCGUCUACUAAUGUACUAUUUGUGCUUCUUUAAUUGUAGUUCCUGUGAAUUUGAAAUCAGAUCCAAUAAACUAACCACAUUCCUCACCACUUCAGUCUGAUCAGGGUUUGUCA